AUGCUCAUAGGAUUCAUUCUUGCUGCUGUAUGCUCAGAUGAGACGGAAAGAUUGGGAGAAUCAGAAAUAGAUUUGAAGAAUCACAAAAACCUUAGAUCAUUUGGUAAGAAAGUGCUGAACUUUUACAUUAGGGAACAAAACAUGUAUAAGGUAGAGAAUGUGAUAGUAGAUUACAAAUUAGCACUUUUAGAUAAUGGCAUUGAUUGGAGUGCGCAUAUUCUUGUGAGGGAUGAUGAGACUGAAAAAUAUGUAGUGAAAGUUAUCACAGGCAUAUCACCAAAAUCAGUAAGAGCAACACAAGUGGAAGUAGAAAAAACAAAAUGGCUAAAACAUGAAAACAUUGUCAAGAUGUAUUCAUCAGCCAGAAUAAGAGUGAAGCAGAAUGUAGAGAAGGGUGCUACAAUUGAAAACAGAUUAAUGGUAAUAGAAUAUCUGAAUGUAGACACUUUUGAGAUCCAAGAAAAUGUCAAAAUGAUUAGAAAGAUGUUAAAGGAUGUAUUGAGUGCAUUGGAGUAUAUGCAUAGACACAAGAUAGCACAUUUGGAUAUUAAACCAAGUAACAUCAGGGGAAUUGAAACUGAACCGAAUGAAAUAACCUGGAAAUUGUUUGAUAUGGAAUCAGCGAUGUAUUUGUAUAGGGAUGGAUUAAAGAGACCAAUGAAUGUUUAUACACCAAUGUACACGGAUGUACUACACAAAAAUGAAGCCUCAUUCGCUGCUGAUAUAUAUCAGGUUGGGAUGACUGUCUGGUCAUUAAUGAUGCAUGAUGUGGAAAGAGAAACCAAAAGAAUUGAGAGUUAUCAAAGUGAAUUUACAGGAUUUGAAAUGGAUUUUAAUGAGAAGAUUCCUGAGAGAAUGAGAUCAUUCAUAAGGGAAGCUACAAACAAGGAUCCGAAGAAGAGACCAACAGCAGCGGAACUGCUAUCACAUCCAUUCUUAACAGAAGACGAGUAA